AUGGCUUGGUCAAAGAGGACGCGCAUCAGUGUGAUGCUGGCGAUAGAUAUCGUUUUCUUCCUGGUCGAGUUGACGUCGGGCUUCAUGGUCCACUCCUUGGCUUUGAUGGCCGAUGCCUUCCACAUGCUGAACGACAUCAUCUCCUUGCUCGUUGGACUGUGGGCUGUCUCCGUGGCCAGCAGAGCGACUACGGACAAAUACUCGUAUGGCUGGCUACGCGCCGAGAUCCUUGGUGCUUUUUUCAACGCCGUCUUCCUCAUCGCUCUUUGUGUCUCCAUCAUCCUCGAGGCCGUUACCCGACUCCUCGACCCCCCGGUGAUUUCGAACCCGCAGCUCAUCCUCAUUGUCGGUUGUUGCGGUCUGGCAUCCAAUAUCGCAGGCUUCUUUGUACUAGGCGGACAUGGACAUUCGCACGGUCCUGGAGAUCACUCGCAUGGGGAACAUGGGGACCAUGGUCAUGACCACGUCCACGAGCAUGAGCACAACGAGGCCGCCGCUGUUGAGGAAGGAAGAAGCCUUGGAUUCACUGCUGAUGAUGGUCCGGCUAUGGACAUUUUGCCCCAUGUUGCUUUGGCUAGAGCUCAAGGUGGAAGCGAUUCCCCGGAGACGGUCAGGCGCAUUCAGUACGGCGAUUCAGAGCAUAGUGCCAGUCAUUCGUCAGGUGCGAGAGGACGAGAACAUCGGCGACCAAGCACCCUUAAGCUCAGCCGCUUGCAGAGCAUCGACGAUCUCAACCCCCAUCCUGCCAGUUUCAGACAGAACAUUAUCAAUCAAAGCAGAACUGACAUCGAAGAUACCACCGACGAGAGCUCGACCGAAGGAGGAUCCACCAUAUAUGACGAGCUAAAUGUGGAUGAGAGAACACCGCUGGUCGCGAAGACUUCGAGUGGGCUCCUAGGCCCAGCUGCCAAUGCUUCCGCCAACGGAAAGCACAAGAAGCACUCAAAGUCUCGGAGGUCGAGAUCGAGGAGAGACUCUGCUGUUCACAGAGAGCAUAACCAUAACAAGCCGAAAACGUCCAAGAAAGGUGGUAGCCACGGCCACAACCAUGCCGACAUGGGUAUGCGUGCCAUGGUUUUGCACGUCAUUGGCGAUGCCCUCGGAAAUGUUGGUGUUAUAGCUACUGCCUUGAUCAUCUGGCUCACCGAAUGGUCUGGUAAAUACUACGCUGAUCCGGCCGUGUCCCUGUUCAUCACUGCCAUCAUCCUGCACUCUGCCUAUCCCCUCACCAAAGCUACCUCGAAGGUCCUGCUGCAGGCUACGCCGGACGGAAUCGACCUCCAGGACAUUAAGGAGGAUAUUCAAGCACUCCCUGGCGUUAUCAGCUGUCAUCACGUCCACGUUUGGCAGCUGUCGGACACCAAAGUUGUUGCGUCCAUGCACGUGCAAGUCGCCUUCCCUAUCACGGAAGAGGGCGGGGAGAAGUACAUGGCGCUCGCUAAGCAGGCUCGAAAGUGCCUUCAUGCAUAUGGCAUCCACAGCGCAACUAUUCAACCCGAAUUCUGUCUUGAUGACAGAUGCAACCAUGCCGAAGUUGCCACGGGAUUGGACGGCCAGGCUGACGGUUCCUCGACGCCAUACUGCGGGAGUGGGCAUACCGUUCCAUGCCUGUUGGAGUGCGUGGAUGACUGUGUUGAACAGGGCUGCUGCACGGUUCCAUCGUCUCAGAAUGACGAGGGUUCUACGAGAUCAAGCCAUUCUGGUCACAACCACGGAGAGAAUGGCAACGGUGCUGCUCAUGCCCACGAAAACGGUCACGAUCACAACCACCACUAG